AUGUCGAAAAUCAACAUCCUUGAUUUCGCUGCUCUAAAUCUAUCUGGAGACAAUUACCUUCAGUGGGCGCUCGAUGCUAAGAUCAUCCUGAAAUCCAAGGGACUCGGUGAGUGUAUCACCGAGAACAAUAAUGCUAAUGAAAAGGAUCGUUACAGAGCCAUCUUGAUCAUUUGUCAUCAUCUAGCUGAGAGUCUCAAGGAUCAAUACCUAACCAUUGAGAAUCCACUAGAUCUUUGGAAUGAAUUGAAAUCGAGAUAUGAUCACCAGAGAACGGUGAUCUUACCAAAAGAUCGGUUUGAUUGGACGAAUCUGAGGAUCCAAGACUAUAAUUCUGUGGACCAAUAUAACUCUGCACUAUUUAAGAUUGUUUCUAAAAUGAAACUGUGUGGUGAAAGUAUUACGGAACAAGAUAUGCUUGAGAAAACCUUUUCCACUUUCCAUGCAAGCAAUGUGCUGCUACAACAACAAUACCGAGAGAAAGGUUUCAAAACCUAUGCUAAUCUUAUUUCUUGUCUCUUGCUCGCUGAGCAGAACAAUGAAUUACUAAUGAGAAACAGUCAGAUGAGACCACUUGGAUCAGCUCCACGACCUGAUGCACACGCUACAGAGGACAAUAAAGAGUCCAACCACGUCCAAGGAAACGGCCAGCAUGGCCGUGGUCGAGACAAAUCGAACGGACGUGGCCGCGGUCGAAGAUCCUUUGGCCGCGGGCGAGGAAAUAGUCGAGACCAUGGACGGGACCGUGGCUCAUUUGGACGAGGACAUGGUCGUGGCCGUGGAUUUUCUUUCAAACCCCAACACUCGACUAAAUCAGAGAAAUACGGGCAAUGCCCCUAG